UGUGUGUCAGAUUCCUCCCACAUUCCAAGAAACAUGUUUGUUUGGAUCAUUAAAGACUAAUUGCUUGUACGUGGGAAGGUGAGUUGGAUUGUUGUUCUGUCUCGACGCGUUCGCCCGGUGCGCCGAAUAGGAUCGGGGCUCUGGGGAAGAUGGAUGGAAAAUAAAACAGGAGCCUGAGAGAAGGCUGUGACAUCUUCGGCCUUUUUCCUGACACCUCGUCUGACCCAGGAAGUGCAAAGUACAACAGACGGCCCGCCGCGUAGUUUCAUCGUCUGACCUCCCGACUUUCUUCAUGAAACCGUGCCUCUCGAGGGUGAUUGGGUAAGCAACAUUUUUUUUUUUUUUGCCAAUCCUUCUUAACUGGGAUCAAGGGUUUUUGUGAUGGAUUUGUGAGCUAAAAACACGCACAAACGCCGAAGGACCCACAGAGCGCAGAAAGCUGGAGCCUGGACUGAGAGCUCUGCACAAAUUUAUAAGCCAUAUACGGAGCGCUUUUUGUGGAAAAUGCAGUUCCGGUAAUAUCCAUUCAAGGUGUGAUUGAUGGUAAAGGGGAAACUGCUGUGCCUCAUCCUGACUUCCGCCUAGUCAAGUUGCGUCUCGUUGAAAGAUGUCAGCCAGCAGCAGCAUCAUCAGUUCAGGGAGAGGAAGCCGUGCCUCCAAAGUGGCAAAAGAUCACAAAAAGCCAACACCAGAUGCCCUGAAAGGAGCCAUCCAGCUGGCCAUCGGUUACGCUGUGGGAAACCUGAGCUCCAAACCUGACAGAGAUGUUCUCAUGCAAGAUUUCUCUGUAGUAGAGAGUGUCUUCUUGCCAAGCGAGGGCAGCAACUUGACUCCGGCGCACCAUUUUCCCGACUUCCGUCUGAAAACAUAUGCACCCUUGGCAUUCCGCUACUUUCGGGAACUCUUUGGCAUCAAACCAGAUGACUACCUAUACUCCAUCUGCAAUGAGCCUCUCAUCGAGCUGUCCAACCCCGGCGCCAGCAGUUCUUGGUUCUACCUUACCGGUGAUGAUGAGUUCAUCAUUAAGACUGUGCAACUGAAAGAGGCGGAGUUUCUGCAAAAACUGCUUCCUGGCUACUACAUGAACCUGAACCAAAACCCGAGGACUUUGCUGCCCAAGUUCUACGGCCUUUACUGCAUCCAGUGUGGUGGCGUCACGCUCCGUGUGGUGGUGAUGAACAAUGUGUUGCCCCGCGCCAUGAAUAUGAACUACAAAUACGACUUGAAGGGCUCCUCGUACAAACGUCGAGCUUCACGCAAGGAGCGCACAAAGUCUUCGCCGACAUUCAAAGACUUGGAUUUCCAAGAGAUGCAUGGAGGCUUGUGCUUUGAUGCGGAGACCCACAGCGCCCUGAUGAGGACUCUGCAGAGAGACUGCCGGGUUCUGGAGAGCUUCAAGAUCAUGGACUACAGCCUCCUGCUGGGAAUCCACGUUUUAGACCACAAGGUGUCAGGCAGAGAGAGCAGACGUGACAGCAGGAAGCAGAAAGUUCUCUACUCCACUGCCCUCGAAUCCAUCCGGGGGACAAUGAAGGACCCAGAACCCGUGGCAGAUGAUGAUGACACAUUGGGUGGAAUUCCGGCCAAGCAUAAAGACGAAAACCUGCUCAUCUUUUUGGGAAUUAUUGACAUCCUUCAGUCCUACAGGUUCAUUAAGAAGGUGGAACAUUCGUGGAAAUCACUUUUACAUGAUGGGGACACAGUGUCAGUUCACAGGCCCAAUUUCUAUGCGGACAGAUUUCUGAAAUUCAUGGGCUCGGUUGUAUUCAGACGCAUCCAUCCUUUGAGAAAAGCAUCUUCCAAGAGGAAGAAGAAUUCUUUCAAUGCAGUCAAGUCAGCCUCCCAGGAGUUACUUUGUCCUCAAAAGCAGAAUGGGGAGAAGAAGAAAGCGCAGAGCAUGGACAACCUCGAUGUGUGCAGUUCAUCCGAGCAACCGGAUCUUCUACCGAAAUCCGCUGUUACUUUCAAGUCUACUGAAGAAGAAGAGCGCCUUGAUAGCAGUGAGCACAGACGCGGCUCCAGUUCGACACUGGCGCUGGACGAUCCUCUGCCGUCCCACAGCAGAAGUCUGUCCGUCCCGGAACUGGAUGUCUACUUGGUAUGAACAACCUGCAAACAUGUGAGGAGACAAAGCUGGCGGAUGCUCUCCAGGAAGCCAUCUUGAGAAGACUCCACUGACCUCGCCCGCUGUCAAUACCUUAAGACCUCCUAAUGGCAUGUGUGAUGUGAACUACAGGUAUCGAUCGACAUGCUCCAGACUGUUCAUUUCCUUGAGAAGUGGCAUCCUGUAGGACUUUCGCCACAACUUGGUUUUGCCGCAAUACGUCAUGUGAUGCUGCUAAUUUUACAAAUGCUUUUAUUUAAUGCGUAAAGUUUCAAAUUCUCUCAGCGGCUGGAUCCCUGGGCAAAUAUUUUCUCAAUAUGUAAUCAUCUAUCGUAUCUAAUUUAUUUCUCAAACGUCUCAAUGGUAUUUGCUUACCAUUAUAUUGUAUCCAAACUGAACAGUUUGCAACAAUAUUAAAAGCUCUUGGUUUCAUUUCACCCAUUUUUGCAUGUGCCUUAAAAUGUUUUAAAAUCAGAUGUGAUUUGUCGGUGUUAUAGAAAUACUGGGUUUCUUUCUGUGAAAUGAAGUAAAACGUAAAAUAUGUCCAAUUUUAGAUCAUUUUGGGGGCCUCUGUAUAGAUAGACAUGAAAGAAAAUGUAUCAAAGGCCUUCAAACCUUUAUAAAGAAAGCAGACAUCAAAUAAUAAAAUUUGUGAAACAUGAA